AUGGCGAGAUCCACGGCGCUUUCUCUCCGUGCCGUCCUCGCGUUUGCCGCUGGCGUGUAUUCGCAGAACUGCAUCGGCAGCACCGGAGCUAAGGUCUACGAGGCCGAAAAUGGGGUUCUCAACGGAACCACCGUCGCGACGGAGCAAGCUGGCUUCACAGGCACCGGCUACGUAACUGGCUUCGAGGAUGCCACCGACAAGGUCACCAUCAACCUGGACUGCCAGGGCGAAGGACAGAAGCUAUUCGACCUCAACAUCAGAUACGCUGGUAUCUACGGCGAGAAGCGCACCAAUGUCAUUCUCAAUGGCGGUGCCGCUAGCGAGGUGCUCUUGGCCGCGACCGAGACCUGGGCCAACGUCUCCGCCGGUCAGGUGCUGCUCAACGAGGGCAACAACACGCUUGACAUUGUAACGCACUGGGGAUGGUACCUCAUCGACUCCAUCACGCUCACGCCCACCGAGGCCCGCGGACCUCACAAUGUCAACACGGCUCUCGUCAACGCGAAGUCCAAUGCUGAUGCCAACGCCCUGUACACCUACCUUCGCUCCAUCUAUGGCAAGAACAUCCUCUCCGGUCAGCAGGAACUCAACUACGCGAACUGGGUGAACGAGACCAUCGGCAAGUCACCCGCCCUCGUCAGCGUCGACCUGAUGGACUACUCUCCCAGCCGCGUCGAGCGGGGAACUGUUGGUACUGCCGUCGAGGAGGCCAUCAUCCACCACGAGCGCGGUGGUAUCGUCUCCGUGCUCUGGCACUGGAACGCGCCUACUGGUCUGUACGACACGGAGGAGAACAAGUGGUGGAGCGGUUUCUACACUCGCGCCACCGACUUUGAUGUCUCAACUGCCCUUGCUGACACCACCAACGCCAACUACACCCUCAUUAUCCGCGACAUCGACGCCAUCGCCGUCCAGCUCAAGAAGCUCCAGGAUGCCGGAGUCCCCGUUCUUUGGCGCCCACUUCACGAGGCCGAGGGAGCGUGGUUCUGGUGGGGAGCUAAGGGCCCCGAGGCGUGCAAGAAGCUCUGGGCUCUGGUCUACGACCGUCUCACCAACCAUCAUGAGCUGAACAACCUCGUCUGGAUCUGGAACUCGGUUGCUGCCGACUGGUAUCCCGGCGAUGAUACCGUCGACGUUCUCAGCGCGGACGUCUACGCUCAAGGCCACGGCCCCAUGACGACUCAGUAUAACGACCUCAUCACGCUCGGACAGGACAAGAAGCUCAUCGCGGCUACCGAGGUCGGCAGCGCUCCCUUCCCCGAUCUUCUCCAGGCUUACGAGGCCCACUGGCUGUACUUCUGCGUCUGGAGCGAUGGCUUCAUCAACAACACCGAAUGGAACAGUGUCGAUGACUUGAAGAAAAUCUACGAGAGCGAGUAUGUCCUCACUCUUGACGAGAUUCAGGGAUGGAGAGUGUAUAAAAAUCAAAGACUGCUGAGUCUUGUCUUCGAAUUUCUCCGCGAGAACUCAGUUCGGUCUGUCCGGGGAAACGGCGCCAACCCUGGAGUUGCUGUCUUUGUCAACACACUGGACGAGCCGACGGAUGGCCUGAUCGGGACUAAGAUGAGCGUCGAUGAGCUGUUACGCGUCUUUCAACCGGGUCCUGGCCAGCCAUCUAGCCCCGAAAUUCUAGACCCGAGUUUAGCCCUGCAAUACGACAAGCGCACUUUGGGAGAAAAUCCUAUACCUUUGACGUCAGCAGCUUCUGUCAUCAAUGCACCGACAAGCAGCGACCCUGUGAGCAGGGACUGGCCUAACGAUACCAAAGGGGAUUUUGACGAAGGGAAUGACGAAGGGGAUGACGAAGGGGAUGACGAAGGGGACGAUGAAGAGGACUACUCAGGGAGUGACAUGGAAUAUUCCGAUAUCGAAGGGUUUAAGGAAUUGGAGUUUGACGAGAACCCCAGCGGGUAUGUCCCUGGCGAAGAGCUCAGAGUCAUAAACUUUCGGCGGAACCGUGGUGUCUAUGGACAGCCAACCUGGAGAGACAUAAAGGGUUAUAUGGAUGGAGUCCGACUCUGA